GUAUAAUAAACGUGAUGAUUGAUGAUCACGUGCACGCGUGACAAGGGCGCGAAUGUAGUGCGGAAGUCGGAAGUCAGUCACACAGCUGUUAGUGUUACUGAGUCAUGGUGUAGUAUGUAGUCAACUCGUAAGCGAGGUGAAUGUACAACUGCAACUUGUUUCGCAGGGAGAAGAUUGAACACACCUUUUCCAUCUGUCUUGACUAUUCAAGUGACUUCAAUACAAGCUGCACUGCAUGUUGACAUUGCUAAUCUUGCUGGUGCAGCAUGGGAGUCAGGGGACUUACUUCUAUGAUUGAGCAGCAUCCGUCAUUGUUCACAAGGCAUUGCCUACAUGAUGCACGUCUCGCCAUUGAUGGCUAUGCACUCAGGUACUUCUUGUACCAAGAUCGCCCUCCCUGUGAUGAUGGACAUCAUGGUGGCCGUUACCAGAUCUUUUCGGCCAAGUGUCAGCUUUUCUUUCUCAAUCUUGCCAAGUGCAAUAUUUCUCCAUACCUUGUGUUUGACGGAGCCUUAGAGAUGGAUGACAAGAAGCUUGCAGAAACCAAGUCUAGGAACCAGGAACGUAUCCGAACAGCUGUUGCUAUUUCUAGUGGUAGAGGUGGGAAAGCAGUUUCUCCUUGCAGUGCAUUGGUGUUCAUGAAGGUGCUGGAUGAUCUUGGCAUUCCGUAUGUAUUUUGUGACUUUGAAGCAGAUGCUGAAACUGCAGCUCUGGCUAAUGCUUUGGACUGUGCAGCAGCUUCCCGUGACAGUGACUUCUACAUCAUGGACCUGAGAGAUGGAUACUUGCCACUGGACCACUUUGACUGGAAGAAUCCUAGAAGGAUUAAGGUGUCAGAAGCAGCAGCACAGCCAAGUGGGUGGAAGCAUAAGACGACAGCCAACCCAUCAUCGGGUCAGCUGUACAUUGAGUGUAUGAUGUACAAGAGUAGUGCCUUCUGCAAGAUGUUCCAUGUCAAGCAGGCAUUACUGCCCAUACUUGCAACUGCUGUUGGAAAUGAUUACAAAGACACCUUUGGAGCCUCUCUUGACCCAUUCCAAAGCUUUGUUCAUUCCAAGUUUUUUCGAUCAAAGACGGGCAGGAGGAGCUACGACCAGAUUGUUAGUUAUCUAUCCUGGCUGAGUGAAAAGGAGACAAAGGAGGAAGCCAUCCAUGACAUGGUCAGGCAUUUGAGAGGAGCUGAUCGAGAGAAGCUGAUAUGCUUGAUUGAUGCAUCCCUUGAGAUGUACCACUUUUCAGAUAGCCUGACCAAGGCGUACUUUUCUGGUGGUCUGUUGAAACCUGAACGAAGUAAGUUGGCAACGUGUGCUUCUGUACCACCCUGGUUUGUUGCUCUGCUGAAUCGGGGCAAGGUUUCAGCAAUGUGCGCCAAUGUCCUUUGCAACAAAAGGGUCUUCCUUACAAUUCAGUUGGAAGACUCUCGCCAGCCCAGCGCUGGGGGAGCAUCACUCAACAUCAGAGCCAUCUUGUAUGGCAUCCUGCUACAGGAGCAAAAGUCAACCUCUAGAAGGCCACCAGUUGUUGAGGAGUAUGCACAGUCAUCUGGGAGUCUGAAGCACAGGAUUGUCGAGCCAGCCUAUGACAUCGCUGGAGGUGAUGGGCGGAAGUUAGCUUUGCCCAGUCUACAGGAUAUCCCAGAUAUGUAUGAAACUGAUCGCAGAGCAAUUCUCCUUGCUGCAGCAGGGAUUGAUGGCUCAGUCAUUCGCAGCAUUCCAGCGUUGUUCCAACUUGCUACUUGUGUGACUUUAAACUUGCUCAGUCAUGCAGACCCAACUGUCUACUCUUACCAGAUAGUAGCCCUUCUUGUCAGCUGGUUACAUGGAGUUGCGGCAAGCAGGCAGAGAUACAUCAGCAAAGGCCAAGGCACUCCAAAGCUCCUUCAAGUGGGCCUGGAAAAUUCAGAUGUGCAUGCCAUCCUCGCAAACUGUAAGCCACAUGAGAACAUAUACAAGUCCCGACAGUUAGAUGUAGAGGUCAUCCAGGCGAUGGCACAGUGGCAGCAGUGCAUGCUUGGCUUAGUCAAUCUGAAUAAAGUUCUGCUCAGUCCAUUUGUGUAUCCUGAUAUGGCAGUCCUGUACAAUGGUCCUCUGAUACACAGUCUCUGCAUCAAUCUGAAGCCAAUGUCUUCAACAGUGCAGCGACAGUGGGUGGUGAAAGAACUCUUGCGUGGCACCAGGCCAAGAAUUCGGGCAUUGUUUGAUCAGCUCCUUGAGCCCUCCUGGCCCUUUCUCAUGCCAAGGAAGAGGACCAAAAAGAGCAAGAAGGGCAAGAAGGCACCAUCCAGGCCAGGAACCUCAAGGCCAUCCAUGGACACCCCUCCUGCGAGAGGUGCUGAAGGUGGUGCAGAGAGAGACACUGAAGAAGUAACUUAUGGUGUCGAGGUUUCCAGCAGGUUUGCUGCACUGGGAUGGAAUGAGUGAGAUCCACUAGUUUGAUUCCUUUGACCUGUAUGUCUUUGAUACUGUGCAUUCAGCUUAUAUAGUUCAUUACACCAAGGAUCACAUUUUUUGUUGUAAUCAUGUUCAGUUAUUUUGAUCAGUAGCUGCACAACGACAUAAAAUGUAACUGAUAUUUCCCAUCUUAAAGAAGAAAUCUGUUGUUUAUUGUGUACUAUUUUAUAGUAGUUUCUUGAUGUUCAGAAGAAAUUGGUGUAUCUUUUGUGUCAAAAUAUUAUAUAUUUUUAAUUUGGAUAUAUGAUUGUUAAAGUAUUUUACACUUCCUUCAAAAGGGUAUUUGCCCUUUUCUAUUUACCUCUUCAUCAAUUUAAUUGUGAGUUUCUGUUAAGCUUUUGAUUGGUUGUUUUUUCAUUGAUAACUUUAAAGGGCAUCCAAUCUCAAUUGAGAAUCAAAUGAUAUAAAAUAGCUUCUUUCAUCUCAUUUUUGGAAACAAAUGCAUGUUUACAGUUCAAAACCAGACGUAAAUCUAAUUGCACUGCCUGGCUUGCGGGGAUAAAUAUUUUAUCCAAAAUUGAAACUUAACCUCAAGAGUUUAUAAAAUGUGCACUGCAUGGCAACUAUCCAUAUUUGUGUAAAUUCCUAUAUUGUUCAUUUUGAAAUAUCAGUUGGUGCAAAAUCUAUAUUUUUGGUGCUAUAAUUAAAAGACAUUAAAAUACUUGACACAUUUUUUUCUAGUACAGAUUUAAGAAGAAAUUGUUCAUGCUGUAUGCAGAUGUCUUUGAAAUUGACAUUUGUUUGGUGAACAACUUAACCCUAACCCCGCUAAAUGCAACAGAAUGCAACAUAUUGCAACUGUGGUAAAAAGUUGUUGCAAGUUGUUGCAUUUAGCAGCCAACUCAAGUCCCCAUGCUUUGUUGAAUCUUGUUGCAUUUGGCAGGGUAACUGGUUGGUACCAUGGCUGGUAUGCAAUGGGUUCACUGCACAAUGCUACAGAAUCCACUGUUGCAAUUUGUUGCAUUUAGCAGGGUAACUGGUUGGUACCAUGGCUGGUAUGCAAUGGGUUCACUGCACAAUGCUACAGAAUCCACUGUUGCAAUUUGUUGCAUUUAGCAGGGUAACUGCUUGGUGCCAGGGCUGGUAUGCACUGGGUUCACUGCACAAUGCUACAGAAUCCACUGUUGCAAUUUGUUGCAUUUAGCAGAGUAACUGCUUGGUACCAUGGCUGGUAUGCAAUGGGUUCACUACACAAUGCUACAGAAUCCACUGUUGAAAUUUGUUGCAUCAUGGUUGUCAUUUGAGUUGAGUGGAUAUUGUUGCAUUUAGCAGGGUACCUGAAGAAUACCCAAUGGGGUGGUCAGAGUUAGGUGUUUCCAUACAAGGAGGUAGAUUGCAAAUAUAAUCCACUAUGCCUCAUAAUCAUUUGAUUGUCAAACCCAGUGUCUGUUUCAAGUUUUGAAGUUUGAUUUGGUUUAUUCUUCAGAGAUUACCUUUUUUUUUUUUUUUUACUUUUGACUUAGGAUUUUCAAUGUGAGUUCAAAGGUUAUGAUGUUGGCAGGUUAAUUGAAUCUGUUAAGUAUGCAACUUCAUGUAUAAUUAUGCAAAAUUUUUAAAUUUUUAAAACUAAAUGAAAAAUACUUCAUGUGUAAAGUUAAAAAUGUAUAUUAUAUAUCUUAUAAAACUGUAAAUAUUAGCUCAGUGCAGCUUUUAAGUUUACAUUUAUGCAUCAUGAUUCUAGUACAUUUCCAGGAUAACUGAAAUUGAGAAAUGUUUUAAAACUUCAAUAUAUGUGUAUCUAAUAAAAAAGGGAUUAAAAGAAACAAA